AUGGAAAGUGAUUUGACCAAACGUCGACCGUCGUUAGUUCCCGAUUGCUUGCCUGGAUUACCUGUUGGAUGGUCACCAACUAUACCAAUAGUAGAAGAAAACGACAACGACGAUGAGAACAAUUCGAGAUGUUCCUCAUCAAGUGCACUCUCUUACUUACCAGCCAUAGCAGAUUAUGAAAUAAAUCCAUAUAUGGCUAUUAAAAAGUUUCAAUUGAAUAAUCAUGCGCCGUCGUCCAUGGCGCAUACGUAUGGUAUCUGCGUUUUGAAUACUGAUGCAGAAGAAAUUCUUGUUUGCGAUCAUUAUAAUAAUCGUCUAUUGAUGUUCGAUUCGAUGACUGAUGGGCAUUUAUUGGAAGUAUAUCGUGGUGAUCUCGUCUCACCCGAAUGCGUAGCAACACGACCAAAUCAUCCUCAACAGGUCUACAUCACGAAAGCACAUUCGCUGUCUCUAUAUGAUCUGGAGAAAAAGCAGUUUAUACAGAAACUGGGCAUUGAAGAAAGUGGCCAUGCAAAUAAUCGAUUUAAUCUACCCGGUGGUAUCGUUGUCGAUCCAGAAAAUGGAGAGGUUUACAUGUGUGAUACAUGGAAUCAUCGAGUCUGCGUUUUCUCACCCGAUUUUCGUUACGUUAACCGUCGAUGGUACUUAACACGAUGGGAACAACCACAGUAUAAAGUAAAACCAAACUCUCUUGCCAUUAAUGCCAACAAUCAAUGCGUAGUUACAUGCGAUGAUGCUCCAACGUACCGCGGCGCUGUUUAUCUGUUUGAUAAGAUGGGUUAUAUACAAAAAAUCUAUGACCAACAAUCACGCAAACAGCAUCGAAAUGUCGAAGCCAGGUUAAAUGUGCCACAUGGAAUUCUAUUAGAUGAUGCAGGAAAUUGGUUGACAGCGUGUUAUUCCGAUUCCGAAUCAACUUGGGUCGAAAAUCGAGUAGAAUCCGAUGAGCAGGAAAGAAUCAAUUAUAGAUAUCAUAAAAAACUAGCAGGACCAAGCGCUUUAGCAAUGAAACGUGAUCAGACAUUGAUUGUUGGUGAUCGAGAUGAUAGUGCAGUUUAUUUUUUUAAACCAAUUGCCCAACAAAAUUGA